AUGGCGUCUUUCUCGAUGGCGGACCUCACGGUGGUCAGCAACGGCGGUACCAAGGCCAAGGGCCCGGCCGAGGGCGCGGCCUUCGGGCUGGCGUUCACGGACCACAUGCUGGUGAUCGAGCACGCCGCAGGGAGCGGCUGGGGCGCCCCGGUGAUCAAGCCGUUCCAGAACCUCAGCUUGCACCCGUCGGCCCAGGUGCUGCACUACGGCAUGUCGUGCUUCGAGGGCAUGAAGGCAUACAAGGGCGUCGACGGGGCGCCGCGGCUGUUCAGGCCACAGAUGAACAUGAAGCGCUUCCAUAAGUCUUGUCAAAGGCUGAUGCUCCCCGCCUUCGACACAGAGGAACUGCUGAAAUGCAUCGAAGCACUCGUCAAGCUGGACAAAGAUUGGCUACCUGAAGGGGAAGGCUCCGCCCUGUACAUUCGGCCAUUCGCGAUGAACACAUCGGCUUUCCUCAACCUCAGGCCGCCUAACCAUGCAACCAUCGUUGUCACCCUGAGCCCAAGUGCCCAGUUCUUCAGCACAGAAAGCAAAGGGGAGAAAUUGUUCCUCAAUGAGACCGAUGUGCGUGCCUGGCCUGGUGGUGCUGGAGAGCACAAACUGGCGAGCAACUAUGGCCCGACUCUGAAGCCACAUCUUGAGGCGGGAAAAGAACAUGGCUGCAUCAUGGUCAUGUUCUGCCUACCUCAGGGGCCAUCCCCAGAGGAUGCCCUGAUUUCAGAGUGUGCUGGUAUGAACGUCUUUUUCUUAUUGGAGAAGGAAGAUGGCAAGAAGGAGCUGUGCACGCCGCCUCUGGAUGGUACGAUCCUUCCAGGAGUCACUCGAGAGUCUGUACUCGAAUUGUGCAGAAGCUGGAACGAAUUCGAGGUGUCUGAGCGCAACAUCACCGUCAGUGAGCUGACGACCGCUGCCCAAGCCGGGCGCCUGCUGGAAGUCUUUGGGGCAGGCACAGCAGUCACCAUCCUGCCUGUCGUGGAGAUCAAGAGGGAGAAGGGCCCCGACUGUAAGUGCAGGUGCGAGUGUUUUGCGGACAUGCAGCUGACGAACCGGCUGCGGAAGACCCUGUUCGACAUACAGCUCGGCCAUGUGGAGCACGAAUGGUCGAUAAAGCUGUGA